AUGUUGAUGAUCAGAAGAAGUCCGAUAUGUGAGUACUUUGAACUAGUUCUGAUUCCAACGUUUUUUCCUACAGAUUCCACGAUUCGAAAGUUAUCCGUGUCGCUCCGGUGCCUUUCUGACUCUGAAAAUCCGCUCAAAGAUCCGUACUGUGACCCGGGAAACCCGAAAAUGCUGCAGUUCGGCGAUAUUUCCCUGGCUCACCAUCGGAUUCAGAGUGGCGUCGUUCGGACGGACUGCCGCAAAUCCAGGUGUCUUUCGCAGUUGUACGAUAUGGACAUUUCGUUGAAAAUGGAGGUCAAUCAGGUAGAACAGCAAUAUUUUCAAGUGUUGAGGAUGGUGGAAAGAUUUAGGACACUGGCAGUUUCAAAGAGCGCGGAGCCCGUUAUGCUCUUCUGAAUUUGAGCGAGGAGAAGAAGAAAAGUGGAGUCUACGCGGCUUCCGCUGGAAAUCAUGCGUUGGCACUGUCUCUUCAUGGAAAACAAUUGGGGGUUGAGGUAAGUGUCCAACAAAAAUGUAAAAGAUAGAAUUUUAUUUCGAAAGUAACUUGAGAGUAACACAAAAUCAAACGAAGCGUAUUAGAAAGAAGAACUGUGGCGACGAGUUCUAGAGUCUUGUGGUGAAGACGUCUCCGAUCUUUACAGUAGAAGAUGAGAUGAACUUUUUGUUCUGAAAAUACAAAAUAAUUGCCAGCUGUCUAGUUAUAAAAAACGUACCUUGAUAGUCCUGACUCUGGAGACGAUUCUUGGAGUGUUCAGAGCCUUCUGAACAUCUUUUUCGUUGUCCGCAGAAUUGAGAUUGAACAGUGUUCUGUACUUUUCGAUGCAAAUCGGCUCCAUUGGGGGCACUGGGAAAUCAUCAUCGAAGAAUGCGUCGAGAACCUCUUCUUUGAGAACUUUCACAGAGCGAUGGGGCUCCGGAGUCAGAACUUUCUCGGCGGAAAUCGAAGAAUUCGAUGAAGAAGAAGAAGAAGAAGAAGUGGUAGACAUCGUGGAUGGAAUGUGUAAUAGGAAAGUGUAUGAUGAUGUGAAUGGUCCUCUUGUCCUCGUUUUUAUUCCGAUCCCCAAGACCUACAAGAAAACUGUAAAAGGGCGGGACUUAGGGAGAGUAGGACAACCGCCUAGGAUCGGAGGGGGGGAGGAGACGUGAAGAUGCACACCCGGGUCAUCGGAAACCUUCUUCGCGAAGAAAACGAAUGAGGGAUAAAUGAAGAGGAUUGAUGAAGUUAUUAGUCCAAAUUUUCUGAGAGCAGCGCUCAAAUGUUGUAGGUAGUAGUUUGGUAAGUCGAAUGUUCGUGAGAGCAGCGCCCAAAAUUACCUGGCAGACCCGGAAUUAUUUGUUCCAGGUCAACGUGGUGAUGCCCCGGAUUGCUCCUCUCAUGAAAAUCAACCGUUGCCAAGAUCUUGGCGCCAAUGUUCUCGUCGAGGUGUGUCGAACUAGAGUAAUCGGUUCUGGCCAGAAAUAACCCUGUUUUCCAGGGCGCAGAUAUUGCGGAAAGCCGUGAAAUCGCUUUGCAAAUGGCUCACAAGAAGGGCGGUACUUACAUCAAUGGAUUCGAUCAUUACGACAUUCUCGCGGGCGCCGGAACUGUUGGCCUGGAGAUUCUGGAACAAGUGCCUCUUCCGGAUGCGGUUAUUGUGCCAGUUGGAGGGGGCGGACUGAUUGCAGGUUAGUAUUAUCAAUUUGUUUGAAGUUUCUUAACUAUUCGUUUUAAUUCUUGUUAGGAGUGGCCACUGCCGUCAAAGCGCUGUCUCCAAGUACCGAAGUGAUUGGAGUGGUCAGCGAGACGUGUCAGGCGAUUAUUGUGAGUUUUGGACCAAACAUUUGUCGACAAAAACCUUUUCAGAAUUCUCUGCAAGCUGGUCAUCCGGUCUACACGCCCACGCAUCCGACAUUGGCCGACGGACUAGCUGUGCCGUCGGUCGGAGUGAAUGCGUUUGCGUCUUUGAAAGGAAAAGUCGACAAAGUGUUGAGUGUGGCCGAGAAUGACAUCGCCGUCGCCAUUCUUCGUUUGAUUGAGAACGAGAAGGUACUGUCCCUACCGUAAUCCUCCAACUACAGUAAUUCUCUACCGUAAUCCAGGUAGUUUGCGAGGGAGCCGGAGCCAUUGGAAUCGCCGCCAUUCUUUCCGGGAAAUUGAAUCAUUUGAAGGGCAAAAAAGUGAUUCCGAUUCUUUCCGGCGGAAAUAUCGAUAGUACCUCGUUGGGCAGAUGCAUUGAAAGAGGUACCGUAAUGGACGAUUACUGUAGCCUACCGUAAUCGGUCCCAGGUCUGGCCUACGAUCACCGUGUCAUUCGUCUCAGUGUAAUCAUCCCUGAUGUUCCGGGCGGUCUGUCCAAACUCACCGGAAUCGUCGGGAAAAUGUCGGGGAACGUUCGGGACUUGUAUAUGGUAAGCAACCCACAGUAAUCUCCAACUACCGUAAUCCCAACAGGAACGCGCUUUUCUUCGCAAUGACAUGUCGAGCCAACGGGUCAAAAUGGUGGUGGAAGUUCGAGGAAAAGAACACGAGGAGCAGUUGAAGCAGCGGCUGGAGGAGGAGUACGAUUCGUCGAAUUGCUCGUUUCAGAACAAUCGCCUUCCGAAACUUUGA